AUGAAGACCUCCUCUAUGCGUCCCGUGCACAAUGCCUUCCAGGCAUAUCUCCGGGCGGCUGUUGUCCCUGAUUACUGCGCCAUUCGACAAAUACAACAGAGCCCCCGACAUACGCUGUGCACCGACUGCAUACGGACAUCUCGAUCUCGGAGUCGCAAUCGACGGCAGCGGACACAAGCCCUGACACGGCCACAUCCACAACCACAACCACAGACAGCUGGGACAGUGGAAAUCGAUCUUGGCGGGCGAGGCCGAAGCCUGCAUACUCUCCACCGACGGCAGCCAGAUCGUUUGAAUCGGAUAGAUGAGAGCGGGCUCGGCGCAGACGGAGAAGCAGACGGAGAGGCAAAUACAAGGCGCAGGGGAGGAGGAGAAGCAGCAGCAGUUUGGCCACCCGCCGUUGGCAGCAGCAGUGGCAGCGGUACUACAGGCAGCAGCCUGAGACAGGUGCGGAUUCGUGUUCCCGUUCGGCGAGGACAGAGAAGAUACCUUGCGACUGUGAGCGAUGUUCCGGUUCAUGGGCCUCUGGAAGAAUAUGAUGAGAGAGUACAAGCGGGGAAAUUGAGGGAUGACCAACAUCAAAGAGGCCUCGUGGAACAUCUGCAGGACCUUCACGAAACUCUUCGAGACUACAACCCUCCAAAAGUGAUACACCCAGAUAUCAACGAUCUACACCCGCCCAAGAAGUCGCUAUUCGGGAACCUAUUCGGCAGCAGCAAAAAGAAGAAAGUGAUCAAUGAACUACCCGAGAACCUACCCAAGGGGUUAUACAUGUAUGGCGACGUGGGGUCGGGCAAGACGAUGCUCAUGGACCUGUUCUACGACACACUUCCGCCCAACAUCACGGCCAAGACACGCAUCCAUUUCAACAACUUCAUGCAAGACGUGCACAAACGAUCACACCAGGUGCGGAUGCAAUAUGGCAACGACUUCGACGCGGUGCCAUUUGUGGCCGCCGACAUUGCGGAGAAGGCGACGGUGCUCUGUUUCGACGAGUUCCAAUGUACCGACGUGGCCGACGCCAUGAUCCUGCGGCGGCUUUUGGAGGCGCUCAUGUCGCACGGGGUCGUGCUGGUCACCACGUCGAACCGGCAUCCCGAUGACCUGUACAAGAACGGCAUCCAGCGGCAAUCCUUCAUCCCAUGCAUCAACCUUCUGAAGAAACAAUUGAAAGUGAUCAACCUCGACUCGUCGACCGACUAUCGCAAACUCCCGCGGCCACCGUCGGGAGUCUACCACCACCCACUGGACCGAGCGGCCGUGUCGCAUGCCAACAAAUGGUUCCAGUUCCUGGGCGAUCCCGAACACGAUCCACCCCAUCCCGAGAAAAUCACGGUCUGGGGCCGAGAAGUCGAGGUGCCGCUGGUCUCGGGACGCUGCGCGAGAUUCACAUUCCACGACCUGAUCGGCCGCGCGACCGGAGCGGCCGACUACAUUGAGAUGAUGCGGCAUUUCGACGCGUUUGUGGUGACGGACGUGCCGGCCAUGACGUACCGCGAACGCGACUGGGCGCGCCGCUUCAUCACCUUCAUCGACGCCGUGUACGAGUCGCACGCCAAGCUGGUGCUGACCACCGAACUGCCGCUGUCGCAGCUGUUCAUGUCCAAGGCCGAGCUGGAAGAGUCGCUGGACAACGUGACCAAGAACGUGGCAGACCCCAAGGUCUCGUCGGACCGCAGUGACAAGAAGGUCGCCGACCAUGCCAACUCGGUCGACACCGACGGCGAGGGCGCUGACGUCGACGAUGUCAUGCGCAAUCUGAUGGACGAUCUGGGCAUGAGCAUGAGCAUGCUGAAACAGAGCAGUCUGUUCAGCGGCGACGAGGAGCGCUUCGCCUUUGCCAGAGCCCUCAGUCGUCUGAGUGAGAUGGGUAGUCAGGAGUGGAUCGAGAGAGGAUUGGGCCUGGAGAAGAAGGGCGGCCUCGAGGAGAGGGAGGGUUGGCAGAGAGUCAGGUCGAGAUGGAGGGAGGAUAGUUUGUAG